UUUUAUUUUUAUUUAGAUUUAAAAAUGUUAAAAUUUAUUGGAUCAGCUAAUUUAUUUAAAUAUUUUGGUCAACAAUCGCGAGGUUUUACUACUUCGUUAGUUAAAUUAUGUAGUUACAAUGAAAGUUUUAGUUCAUCUAGAUAUGAGAGAUUUAGCUCGAAUAUGUUUACGAAUGAAACAAAAUUUCCAACUGUAACAAAGUCGAUUAAAGACAAUCUCGUACGUCAAAACUUACACCUUGGAGCUAAUGAUAGUGUGAUUAUUAAAUUAAAACAAGGAAUUACUGGGAAAAAAUUGAUUGAAGUGACUAAAUCAUUUAGAGGACAAAAUACUGGUUGGAAAUAUAUGGAUUUACCUACUUUGGAUGUGCCAGAAGAGGCUUAUAAUUUUGUUAGAGCUCUUGAUGAAAUUAUUAUUGCUUGUGAUGGCAAAAAGUUCUGCGAGUAUUUAAAUCCAAAUGAAGAAUUAACUUCUCUAAAACUUUUCACAAAAUUCUAUGAUAUUUUUCUCAAUUUAAUGCGAGAUCAGGAAGGCCGACUUUUUUUAGAAGUUAUUCAAAAAAUGGAACAAAGCGGAAUGUAUCGACAAUUUUAUAUCAAAAUUGAUGCUUUGCCGUGGAUUCGAAAAACAGUUGCACAAAUACUUAGAGAAUAUGAUGAUAGUGAGAAGUUGCCACCAAUGCCGAUUGUUGAUUUUCCGUUUAGUUAUAAGAGAAAUUAG